GCGUGUUGUAUCCCAGAAUGCCAAUCUGCAUGAUUUCUGACGUCACUGAUGUCGUAGAGCGAAAACUGGAAGGCCGGGCCAGGAAAGUUCUUUACCUGCUAGAAGCCACGCAACAACAGUUAAAGGAAAGCUGUUAGGAAUCACUUUGGAAAGAUCAAGUAUGGACUCACAAGAAGGGAAUGGCCAUAUUCAGAUGUCAAGCCCAAAGAAGGACAAAUGGGUGGUUCCAAUUUCAGUUUCAGCAGAGCAUACAAUGAACCCAAUCAGGAGGAUAGUUGAUCAAAUGAAAAUUGAGCCAAAUCCUGAGUAUGAAUUCAUCUCCGUAUCUAUUGGUGACCCAACUGUUUUUGGUAAUUUAAAUCCUCCUCAAGAAGCUGUUGAUGCAAUUGUGGAGGCAACCAUUUCAGGAAAAUAUAAUGGCUACUUGCCAGCAGUUGGACUUUCAGCUGCAAGGGAAGCUGUUGCAAGAUUUGAGUCUACCCCAGAAGCUCCACUAACAGAGAAGGAUGUUAUAAUAGUGUCUGGAUGUUCUGCUGCUAUUGAAAUGGCAAUGCGGGUUUUGGCAGAUCCAGGUGAUAACAUUCUCAUUCCAAAUCCUGGGUUUUCACUCUACCGAACCAUCGCUGGAGCAGAAGGGUUUGAAACACGCUUCUACAGGCUACUUCCAGACAGGGGUUGGGAGGCAGAUCUAGAACACUUGGAAUCUCAAAUCGAUAAAAGGACACGCUUUAUUCUCGUGAAUAAUCCUUCAAACCCAUGUGGUUCUGUUUACAGCAAAGAGCAUUUGUUGCAGCUUAUAGGAAUUGCUGAGAGACAUCGUCUUCCUAUCAUUUCUGAUGAGAUAUAUGCCUACUCGGUUUUCAAAAACGAAACGUUUUAUCCAAUUGCAAGUCUGACAACAACUGUCCCAGUCUUGGCACUUGGUGCAAUUUCGAAAAGGUUUCUUGUUCCUGGUUGGCGAGUGGGCUGGAUUUUGGUUCAUGAUCGUAAUGAUGCUUUCAAAGAUGUGCGCUCUGGCCUAGCUGAUUCGGCUACCAAAAUAUUAGGUCCUUGCGCUAUUAUUCAAGGUGCUCUCCCAUCGAUUUUGGCAAAUACACCCAAGUCCUUUUUUGACGAGACUAUGCGUUAUAUCGAGAAAAAUGCUGAAAUCUGCUACUUGAAUCUGUCUAUGGUGCCCGGCCUCAAGCCUGUAAAACCACGAGGGGCAAUGUACAUGAUGGUUGGAAUCGAUGAAUCCCUGAUGAAACAUGUUAAAGAUGAACUUGAUUUUACACAACGAUUGGUGUCUGCUAAAUCGGUCUUCUGCCUUCCCGGAUCGUGCUUUGGUUAUGCAAACUUUUUCCGGAUUGUACUCACACCACCCGAAGAGAUGCUGAGAAAGGCCUGCGAACGCAUUGGACAAUUCUGUCGCGAAAUUCUUGGACCUGAUGCUCAGAACGGUACUGAAAAUUCCCACUGACUUUGACUCCGUUCUGAGAAAAUGCACUUAGUGAUUAUGGAUGUACGCGCGUCAUUCAUAGCUUGUCGCGAAUUCUCGAGAAUGCUUCUUUGUACCAGGUUUUCACAUUUAGCGUUAAGGAUGAUCUGAUUUCAGAUUUAAAGAAACUAUAUGACAUCAUAACCAGGUCUUGCCUAGGAAGGGGACGUCUGGAAAAUAAUACCUUUUGUGGUGACUGCCGCACAAUUGUCGGCAAAUUCAAAUUUUUACACCCCCUGUACAAAAGGCUCUCAGUGUCCCAAUGAGCCGAAUGGCUUGAAAAUAUUUUUCUGAUUUACAGGUUGCCCUAAGCAUAUUGAAAUACUUCUUGGACUACCUCAAGCGAUUAGCGUUUUAAUUGCAAUGACAGUGUAGAGGUCAUGAAAAAUAUCCAAUUCGUGAAAAAUUAUUGCUAUGAAUGAUGCGCUUUUAAAUCCAGUAUUUGUAUUUAGACGCCAAAAGUACAUCUCAAUAUGUUAUUGCAAGCAAUGCACAAAAUUUUUAUUAUUUUAGAAUUUCAGAUAAUUUAUAGUUCCAAAGAAAAAGUACGUAUUAGUUAAGUAGAAAAACUUCUCCCAGUGCUUAAGUAACCUUUAAAUACAUAAGAAUCCUUGCCGAAUUAAUUGAAUUUUUAUUCGAUUACCAUUGCCUCUUUAUUACGAGAAUUUUAAAUUUCCCCUUCCAUUUCCGUCUUCCCAUAUUGCUGUUCUAUUUU